CCGCCUCCCCGCCGCCGCCUCCUCUAAUGAGCAUCUCUGCCUUGCUUCCAAUGGGCCGCCGCUGCUGCCGCUGCUGCUCUCCGCGCGGGUUGUGGAUGUUGUCGGCUCCGUGUUGUGAUGACAGGAGAAUGUGUGUGUGCCCCGGGCCCAGGCGGAUUGGAAUCCCCGUCAGAAGUUCCAGCCUGCCACUGUUCUCUGAUGCCAUGCCAGCACCAACUCAACUGUUUUUCCCUCUGAUUCGUAACUGUGAACUGAGCAGAAUCUAUGGCACUGCAUGUUACUGCCACCACAGACAUCUCUGCUGCUCAUCUUCUUACAUUCCUCAGAGCCACCUGAGGUAUACACCCCACCCGGCGUAUGCUACCUUUUGCAGGUCAAAGGAGAACUGGUGGCAGUACACCCAAGGAAGGAGAUACGCUUCCACACCACAGAAAUUUUACCUCACACCUCCACAAGUCAACAGCAUCCUGAAAGCUAAUGAAUACAGUUUCAAAGUGCCAGAAUUUGAUGGCAAAAAUGUCAGUUCUGUCCUUGGAUUUGACAGCAAUCAGCUACCUGCAAAUGCACCCAUUGAGGAUCGGAGAAGUGCAGCAACCUGCUUGCAGACCAGAGGGAUGCUUUUGGGGGUUUUUGAUGGCCAUGCAGGCUGUGCUUGUUCCCAAGCAGUCAGUGAAAGACUCUUUUAUUACAUUGCUGUCUCUCUGUUACCCCACGAGACUUUGCUAGAGAUUGAAAAUGCAGUGGAGAGUGGCCGGGCACUGCUACCCAUUCUCCAAUGGCACAAACAUCCCAACGAUUACUUCAGUAAGGAGGCAUCCAAAUUGUACUUCAACAGCUUGAGGACUUACUGGCAAGAACUUAUAGACCUCAACACUGGGGAGUCAGAUGAUAUUGAUGUUAAGGAAGCUUUAAUUAAUGCUUUCAAGAGACUUGAUAAUGACAUCUCCUUGGAGGCCCAAGUUGGUGAUCCCAAUUCCUUCCUCAACUACCUGGUGCUUCGAGUGGCAUUUUCUGGGGCUACUGCUUGUGUGGCCCAUGUAGAUGGUGUCAACCUUCAUGUGGCCAAUACUGGUGAUAGCAGAGCCAUGCUGGGUGUGCAGGAAGAGGACGGCUCUUGGUCAGCAGUCACUCUCCCUAACGACCACAAUGCUCAGAAUGAAAGUGAACUGGAGAGGCUAAAAUUGGAACAUCCAAAGAAUGAGGCCAAGAGUGUGGUGAAACAGGAUCGGCUACUUGGCUUGCUGAUGCCCUUUAGGGCUUUUGGAGAUGUAAAGUUCAAAUGGAGCAUUGACCUUCAAAAGAGAGUGAUAGAAUCUGGCCCAGACCAGUUGAAUGACAACGAAUAUACCAAGUUCAUCCCUCCUAAUUAUUAUACACCUCCUUAUCUCACUGCUGAGCCAGAGGUAAUCUACCACCGAUUAAGGCCACAGGAUAAGUUUCUGAUACUGGCUACUGACGGGUUGUGGGAGACCAUGCAUAGGCAGGAUGUGGUUAGGAUUGUGGGCGAGUACCUAACUGGCAUGCACCACCAACAGCCAAUAGCUGUUGGUGGCUACAAGGUGACUCUGGGACAGAUGCAUGGCCUGUUAACAGAAAGGAGAGCCAAGAUGUUCUCAGUGUUUAAGGAUCAGAAUGCAGCAACCCUUCUUUUUCGCCAUGCUGUGGGAAACAAUGAGUUUGGGACUGUUGAUCAUGAGCAUCUCUCCAAAAUGCUGAGUCUUCCUGAAGAGCUGCUCUCCCCAGCUAAAGCUAUUAUACGUUGUGCACAGUUUGUGCUACACAAAGAAAUACGAUGA